CAGCCCGUAUUUCCUUCUUGAGAAGUGUACGUUCAGUGUUGAGUUUCUCCUCUUGCAUUAGUCAGAGAAUAAAGCUCCCCGCAUACGAGAUGAAAUCAAUACCCGUUUCUUGGUAGCGAGCUGAUGGUAGCUUCUGGAAAGCACGUUGUUUUUGCAGCAGACUGCUACGGAAACAUGCUGGCAGAAGCUUUCAUUAAAAGGCCUUUUUACUUGCUUUGUUCUCACCUGCGAUAACCGUCCGCUUCACUGACGAGAAACCAACAGCCCGCUGGUGUCGAGGCAUAAUUAGAAAGUGCACGUUCGCGAAUGCAGCGCAUUUCUCAUGGGCCUGGUAGUUUCUGAGUGUGCGCAUUUAUGUGUCUUUGUGUGCUUUUAAGUAUAUACAGUCUGGACUGUAAUCAUGACCCUGCCCUGUGCUCAUGACAGGACUGGACUCGGCUGUGGCUAACUAACCAUAUAGUGUACUGUCUGCUUCUUCUUUUCAGUCCUCUAAAAUGUGGCCUUGUUGAAGCAGUGUUAGAAGUAUUUUCAGAAGUAUUUUAUUAAAAGUGGAAUCCCUGCCCAUUUUACAUGCUAAUCUUAAAGAAAAACAUUCUGACAGAGUGGGAGAUCAAGGAUUUCUAGAGAGGAGGCAGCUGCACAUCUAUUAAUUGCCUCUAUAAUGAAGCACGGAAACCAGUCUUCCUCUUACAGGAGCUUUGAGCGGCAUGCAUUGUUUCAGCUGGGUGGUCAACAGGAAGCUUCAUGGAGAACCAGCUCUAGAAAAAGAAUCUUCUGUGUGUUUCGAGCAAGUCUGAGGAUUUCAAUGAGGAAUCAAAGCUACCACGUAGAGUUCUUGUGGACUUGUAGACUUCAUUUGGCUGUUCUUUUUUCUCAAAAUGAAACCUCCUUUAAUUUGUUGAAAUUAUUUUAAAAAAUAGAGAUGGGAAUUGCAACCUAGUCAGUAGAUUCUGUGGCACCAAUCACAUCAUUAUUUUACUAAUCUGUAUAUGAAGAAAAUGAAGAAGCGUUGUUGGAUGGAAAGAAGAUUCUUCAUCGGGAUACAAUUUAGCAGCUGUGCUUUUCUUAAAUCAAAGAGGUGACCGGUUUAAUUGAGGUUCUUCUCCUAUAACUAUAUUUUUUGACAGUUAUAUUUCUAAGAAACCCCUCCCUGAAACUAGAAGCCUAUUUAUCUUGUGCAUGUUCUGCUCUUAACCUCCUUAAUUAAGAUAAAAGACGCAGAUGUCUAUGCACCCAGUACUUAGAGGUUGGUCGGUAAAUGUAUAGAACUGUGUGGCGUCUCCCAGCUUUACUGAGCAGAACGCACUGAUUCCAUACGGCGGAUCUGUAAUUACAGCAACGUCGCAGAAAGCUCCCACCCUGCCAAAGUCAACGUGGUCCAAUGUGGUCUCGGAGGUAUUGCGGAGCAGAAAAAGAUCAAACACGUGGACAGAAGUUGUUCUAUAAGCUGCCGUAGUAGGCCACACGGAGUGGACGAUCCAGCUGUGGAGCUAUAAACAGCUGUCCUAAGAACAGGAUGUCACCACUGGUCUGAGGCAAUUGACACGCCUUUACCGCUGAGGGGGUUCCAUUUGUACUUCACGCCCGCCGUGAUAAGGUUUCUAGAUUGUUUCAUUUGUUAGUUUCUAACAGCCGAUGUCCUUAUCUGGUUAUUUAGCUUUAGAUGUUUGAUGGUCAGCGUUGUACAGUGAUGUCACUGCUGCUGAUGCUGGGCUUUAAAUUCCAUUAGCCAGCUGGCAGCAGCCAUGUUCUCCCUGAUGUCAUCUCUAGGAGUCUCCUCCACUUCUCUAGUAUCCCUCUUUGUGUCUCCCUCUCCCUCUCUCUCUCUCUCUCUCUCUCUCCCCCACUCUCUCUGCUAGAUGUCUGAGCAAGUGAGGGCUUGUCUAGGGGGGUCGGUGGGGGGGGGUUGUUGAGUGGACUAGAUGCAAAAAGAAUCAGUAGAGUGAGAGAAACGGUGCUUUCGAGGCUGGGUCUCCUUCGCAGGAGAAAGGCGAUUGUGCUCCAUCAGGCAGCCUCUCCGCCGAUGCACCACGGCUGCAGAGGGAGUGGACCAUGGAGAUUGACAAACAACAACACAGUAAAGACUCUGUGUUCUUCAGAGAUGGAGAGCGUAUGAUUGACUUUGUCCUGUCCUAUGUUGAAGAUAAAGAUGGUGAGAGAAAACAGGAGAGGAGGAGGCUGUAUGAAGCCAAUCUGGUGAAUGUCGGCCUGGAGCUGGAGACAGAAGAUAAAUCUGAGUCAGAGGAUGGAAAGACUUUUUUCGUGAAGAUCCACGCUCCGUGGGAGGUGUUGGCCACCUAUGCAGAUGUGCUGAAGGUUAAGGUCCCUUUCAAGGCCAACGACAUCCCAGACAACAGCGACAUGCCGAUGAACUGGCUGUCCACCCCGUUCCGUCUGCCCGAGCACAUCAUGCACCCCGAGCCAGAUUAUUUCACUGCUCCCUUUGACAAGAGCAAGUCCGACUUCUUCCUCAUCGACGACAAAGAGACGUUCUUCUCGCCUUCUACUCGCAACAGAAUCGUCUACUACAUCCUGUCCCGCUGCUCUUACUACAGGGACGAGUGUGGAGAUAGAGACAAGAAGGGGAUUAAGAGGUUACUCAACAACGGCACCUACACUGCUGCCUUCCCCCUGCAUGACAGCAGAUACUGGACAAGAUCGAGGGAUGCUAACCGAGAAAGUGACAGAUACAACCUCCACAAACACUGGGCCAGAUUCUUCUGUUUCUUCAAAGAGCAGCCCCUCAAUCUCAUAAGGAAGUAUUAUGGGGAGAAGAUAGGUAUUUAUUUUGCGUGGCUGGGCUUCUACACUGAGAUGCUGCUGUUCGCUGCAAUAGUUGGGACAAUUUGUUUCAUCUACGGAUUCCUCACUUACGACGACAACGAGUGGAGUAAAGAAAUAUGUAGUGAGGAGGUCGGAGGGAAUAUUGUCAUGUGCCCGCUGUGUGAUAAGAAAUGUGGCUACUGGAAACUCAACACAACAUGCAACUCCUCAUGGCAAUCGCACCUAUUUGACAACGUAGGAACAGUGUUCUUCGCCAUAUUUAUGGGGAUUUGGGUGACGCUGUUUCUGGAGUUCUGGAAGAGGCGGCAGGCUCGUCUCGAGUACGAAUGGGAUCUGGUCGACUUUGAGGAGGAACAACAGCAGCUUCAGCUUCGGCCAGAGUAUGAAACCAAGUGCACCAACCGCAAGCUGAACCGCAUCACUCAGGAAAUGGAGUGGGUUCUUCACAGGACUUUUACAGAUUUAAUGGGGAAGUUGUUGCUGUGCUGGGCCACAGUGACGCUCUGGAUCUCAUUGAUCAUUGCCUGCAUCAUUGGCGUGAUCGCGUACCGCCUGGCGGUAUACGCAGCCUUCGCCAGCAUCAUGAAGGACAGUGCCACCACCAACCUGCAGGUGGUGGGCCCCUACAUCACGCCACAGCUGGCCACGUCUGUCACGGCUUCCUGUAUCAACUUUGUCAUCAUCAUGAUCCUCAACCUUAUGUAUGAGAAAGUGGCUGUGUGGAUCACUGACAUGGAGAUUCCCAAAACCCACUUGGAGUACGAGAACAAACUGACGGUGAAGAUGUUCCUCUUCCAGUUUGUAAACUACUACUCCUCGUGCUUCUACGUGGCUUUCUUUAAGGGCAAGUUUGUCGGCUAUCCCGGCAAGUAUGAGUAUAUGUUUGGCAGCAAACUGAGGAAUGAAGAGUGUGACCCUGGCGGCUGUUUGAUUGAGUUGACCACCCAGCUGGUGAUAGUAAUGACUGGCAAACAGGUUUGGGGCAACAUCCAGGAAGCUCUGGUCCCGUGGCUGAUGAACUGGUGGGGCAGCAGGAAGGCACGAAACCACCCGGAGAGUCUGUACAGCCGCUGGGAGCAGGACCACGACCUGCAGGGCUUUGGUCAGCUGGGCCUCUUCGACGAGUACCUGGAAAUGGUGAUCCAGUUUGGGUUCAUCACACUGUUCGUUGCCUCCUUUCCACUGGCCCCCCUGCUGGCACUCAUCAACAACAUCAUCGAGGUCAGAGUGGAUGCCUGGAAACUCACUACUCAAUUCAGACGUCCUGUGGCAGCCAAGGCUCACAGCAUUGGAGCCUGGCAGGAAAUCCUCAAUGGGAUGGCUGUACUGUCUGUGGUCACAAAUGCGUUCAUUGUGGCCUUCACCUCCGAUAUGAUCCCUCGGCUUGUGUACAUGUACGCCUACCAGCCGGAAGGUGAGAUGAAUAUGAAAGGCUACAUUAACAACAGCCUGUCGGUGUUUAACAUCUCUGCGAUCCCACUGGAAAACAAGCCUGACGACGGGGAGAGCCCAUCCUGGUUCAACAGCUCCAUCACUACCUGCAGGUACCGUGAUUACCGCUACCCUUCUGGUCAUGAGAAGGAGUACCACCACACCAUGCAGUUCUGGCAUAUUCUGGCUGCCAAGUUGGCUUUCAUCAUUAUUGUGGAGCAUGUUGUGUUUGUGGUCAAGUUCUUCGUGGCCUGGAUGAUUCCUGAUGUUCCCUCUGACGUGAGGGCACGCGUGAAGAGAGAGCGCUACCUGGUCCAGGAGUAUCUCCAUAACUACGAAGUGGAGAAGCUGAAGAUCCAACUCAGCCAAAACACCCACGAUGACUGCACGUGCACGCCCAUGAUCUAUCCAUCUAUACCCAAGCAUGAGGUGCUGUCAGAGUGUCUCUAGCCCAGAGAGCUGCUGUUCGAUCUGCUGCACAAGAUGUAGGUGUUGAUCACCCUGCUGGUGUGUUUUGAUACUGACCACCACUUUGCUGUAGUGCCUGUGUUGUUUGUCUAGCACACUCACAAACACACAUAUUGGACUUUUCGCUAGAGGAUUCCCCCAAAUCAAAGCAAUUCAAUUGAAAGCAACUCUCAAAAAAACUCUUCUAAUCUGCUGAUAGUAAAAGUGCACACUGGUGAAAUACCAGGUCUCUAUGCAUGCGAAUAAAAAGGUCCUAUUUAUGUUUCUUCCACUCUGCGUCAGAGUUGUAACCAAAGUGCUGAUGAUAAUCAAUAUUCGCUGUAAGGAAAGAAAAAGACAAUGGUAUACACUGUGUCUAAGCCAGAAAACGUACUGUUAUUGUAUUUAUUUAAAUGCCACUGUGAGCAACCAAUGACUUGAUAUCCUACCACAUCCCACACUUAUCGUUGGUUCCACCUGCUAUUCGAAUAAUAGCAGUAAUUAAUCGUUUGGAAACUGAGAACUUGCUUAUUUGGAGGAGUUUAAGCGUUUUAUUUUUUGUUGUUAGUCUUGCAUAGUUUUUUUGCAUUUAGGUUGUUGCGCAGAUGUAACACAAUUUCAACAAUUGUGCUUCUUCCCCGCUGACGGGUUGCACUAAGCUUUAACACACUAGCAGCCCACCAGUUUAGAGGCCAAAGUCGUACACGUGAAGUAAAUCCGUGCAGCUGCUAGUACCCUGAGUGAGGGCAGAUGUGGGCCAGUUGUUGUGCAGCAGCAGUACGUGGUGCAUGUCGACUGCUGACAGGGAGGGAACAGAUGCGCCUCUGUUCACCAACGCGUCGGCGCUAAUGAAAGCCUGCCCCUACCUACGGAACUAUGUUUGCUCGCUCACACAAAGCGCUCCGGCCAUCGCCCGGUUCUCCUGCCUGUUUGCCUUAGCUGCGUCCGUUGUGAAGGAAAGAAACGCAUUCCCGUUUUUUUUAAUUUUGCACCAGGCACUUAAAGAAACGUUACUACCACGACACAAAUAAGUCAGUUGAAUUGUUGUCAUGACUCUACGUAUUCAUAAUCUGUAUUUUGAAGCAGCAAAUUGUGAUGAUCUGUGUUCAUUCAACCAGAACCAGAGGUGUAUCGUCUGAAUUUAUUAUUUAUAUUAAGCUUUUUAAUCAUAAAGGACAUAUUCUUUUUUGGGCUGCCUACAUAGAAAUUUGUAAGAAGAAUCUGUUGUCUAAGUAUUUGAAUUGUACAGCUGGCUGGCUGUGCUACAAACUCCGGCAACUAAAUGUGUUUGUUUGCGAUAUAGAUGUUAGCAUGUAGCCGAGAGCAAUGUUUAACUGUUCUAGUUUGCCUUCUACUUGCUCUGGUCUCUGCUGAACCUUUUGAUGCCUUAAUACAUCAAAUAACAUGUUUUAUUUCCUUGUAUAUUUUGUAUAUCAUCUAUUUGUGCUUGAGUAAUAACAUUUCAUUUUAUACCAUUACAAUCCUACAUAGAAUUUGAGGUAUGAGUUUUCAUCCAUUUGUUUCUGUAUUUUUUUGUAAAUGGUAUUAAAUCUGUAUCACCAAAGGAAAACCCUCUAAAAUAAAGUACCAUUAAUCUUGAA